AUUGGGAUUUUAUGUGACAGACCAAUAUAGAGAAGCUAGUGUAAGCUACCGCAAGGAGUGGGAAUGACAUGCGGCUUUUGACUUUAUUUUGAAGUUUCACACCGGAAGUAUCGCUUCCCAUCGGGGUCAACUUGAUGUAUGUGGAGAUUGUCACUCAUAUCAGUCCUUGGUCUUUGUCACUUUGGUUUUUAAUCAAUUGCAACGCCGGGACUUGGCAGAUUGGCCAUGUGCAGCUGUGUGCGGAGCUCCAGGGCCAUGGCCCCUGCGCUGCUCCCUAGGCUGCUGCUCCCUCAGAUGGGGUUUAGGCUAGCUGGCAGGGGAAUCUGGACCUCCCCCCUGUGUUUGGCUGUCAGCGGGGACUCCCAGCUCCCUCCUCUGCCAGGCCAGGCCCGGAUAGUGAUCUGUGGAGGUGGGAUUGUAGGAACAUCAGUGGCGUACCACCUGGCCAAACUGGGUUGGACGGAUGUGGUUCUGCUUGAGCAGGGCAGGCUUGGUGCAGGAACAACCAGACUGUGUGCUGGCAUUCUGAGCAUGGCUAAACCUAUCUCCAUUGAGUCUCAGAUGGCCAACUAUUCCAGUAGCCUUUACCAACAGCUUGAGGAGGAGACUGGCAUUAAAACAGGUUAUUUGAAGACGGGUUCUUUGUGUCUGGCACAAAAUCAGGAUCGCUUCAUUUCAUUGAAGCGUUUGGCAACAAGACUCAAAGUGUUGGGGAUCAGCUGUAAUAUCAUUAAACCUAAAGAGAUAGCCAAACUCCACCCUCUAGUCAACAUUCAUGACCUGGUGGGGGCGCUCCAUCUCCCGGAUGAUGCUGUGGUGUCUUCACCUGAUGUUAACCACGCGCUGGCCGUGGCGGCUGCACAACAAGGGGUUCAGAUUCUGGAGCGAACCGCCAUUCAGCAGGUCGUGGUGGAGAAGGGCCACGUGAUUGCUGUGGAGACCGAUCGCGGCUCCGUUGAGUGUGAAUAUUUUGUCAACUGUGCCGGUCAGUGGGCUUACGAGCUGGGUCAGGCUAGCGAGGUGAAGGUGUCGAUCCCUCUCCACGGCUGUGAGCACUUCUACCUCCUCACCAAACCUCUUCAGGAACCACUUCCACCCAACACUCCAGCUAUAAUUGAUAUGGAUGGGAGGAUGUACGCGAGGCCGUGGCAAGGAGGCCUUUUGUCCGGAGGCUUAGAGAAGAACCCCAAGCCCAUCUUCACUGAGGGCCGCAACCAGCUGGAGAUCCAGAACAUGCAGGAAGAUUGGGAUCAUUUCGAGCCAAUGCUCAGCGCCCUGCUGAGAAGAAUGCCGAACCUUGAGUCAGCUGAGAUCCAUCAGCUGGUCAACUGUCCAGAGUCCUUUACGCCUGAUAUGCGCUGUCUGAUGGGGGAAACACCAGGUGUGUCUGGCUACUAUGUGCUGGCAGGGAUGAACUCCUCGGGUCUGGCCUUCGCCGGAGGAGCUGGGAAGUACCUGGCAGAGUGGAUGACGUACGGCUACCCCACUGCCAACGUCUGGCCGCUGGACAUCAAGCGCUUUGGCAGCUUGCAGAGCAGCCGGACCUUCCUGCGACACCGAGUGAUGGAAGUCAUGCCCCUGCUGUAUGAGCUGAAGGUUCCUCGGUGGGACUUUCAGACCGGCCGGCAGCUGAGGACGAGUCCCCUCUAUGACCGUCUGGACACCCAAGGGGCUCGCUGGAUGGAGAAACAUGGCUUCGAAAGGCCCAAAUACUUUGUUCCGCCAGGGAAAGAUCUGCUGUCUCUGGACCAGAGUAAGACCUUCUACAAGCCAGACUGGUUCGACAUUGUUGAAGCUGAAGUGAAAUGCUGCAAAGAGGCCGUCUGUGUCAUCGACAUGUCCUCCUUCACCAAGUUUGAGCUGACUUCUACAGGGGAGCAGGCUUUGGAGUUUCUGCAGUAUCUGUGUGCCAACGACUUGGAUGUUCCCGUUGGACACAUCGUUCACACCGGCAUGCUGAAUGAGAGAGGAGGAUACGAAAACGACUGCAGCGUGGUUCGCCUCAGCAAGAACAGUUUCUUCAUCAUAUCUCCAACAGACCAGCAGGUCCACUGUUGGUCCUGGAUAAAGAAGAACAUGCCCAGUGACCCACACCUCCACCUAGAGGAUGUGAGCUGGAAGUACACAGCUUUGAAUCUGAUUGGUCCACGAGCAAUGGAUGUUCUGGCUGAGCUGUCAUACGUCUCCAUGACACCUGAGCAUUUCCCCUCCAUGUUCUGUAAGGAGAUGAGUGUGGGCUAUGCCAAUGGGAUCAGAGUGAUGAGCAUGACACAUACCGGAGAACCAGGUUUCAUGCUCUACAUCCCCAUAGAGUAUGCGCUACAUGUUUACAAUGAGGUGAUGUCAGUGGGGCAGAAGUAUGGCAUCCGUAAUGCAGGAUACUACGCACUGAGGAGCCUUCGUAUUGAGAAAUUCUUUGCCUUCUGGGGUCAGGACCUUGACACCUUCACCACACCGCUGGAGUGCGGACGAGAGUUCAGGGUCAAGUUCGACAAGGACACUAAUUUCCUUGGUCGCGAGGCGUUGCUGCAGCAGCGCCAGGAGGGAGUGUUCCGCCGCUUUGUCAUGCUCGUCCUGGAAGACCACGACACAGAGCUGGACCUGUGGCCAUGGUGGGGCGAGCCCGUCUACCGCAGCGGUCAGCUGGCCGGAACAACCACCAGCAGCGCCUACAGCUACACUCUGCAGCGCCACGUCUGCCUGGGCUUUGUGUCACCGCCGCCAAGCCCUGAGGGCCUCCCCACACCCAUCACCCCUGACUUCAUCAACCGUGGCGACUAUGAGGUAGACAUUGCCGGACAGUGCUACCCUGCAAAAGCCAAAUUGUACCCCUUCAGUUCCCUCUUCACCCAACAGAAACGACGCAAGGAAGACAUUGACCUGGGCAACCUUCACGGGAAGUGAGGCAGUGAUUGGAAACGUCUCCCUCUAUGACACUCCUUCAUUUCACCCCAUUCACUCCUGAUCUGACCCAGUGCCAAUUUCUGUUCCUUUUACCCAUGAUGACUGGGGUGGAUGUACAAGCACUUCCUGUGAAUCCAGAGUUUCAUCCUCUGCUUAAAGUGCAAUAUUUGAAAAGCACCUAUAGCUUGAAUUCUCAUCUCAUUAAAGUCCAGUAUUUCCUCCAGCUGUUUCAUCCCCCCCCCCAGUGUGUGUGUAGAGUCCUGACUGCUGUGCUGCUGCAGUCUGUGUUUAUGUGCCUUUCUCAAGGCAAGAUCAACACUAGUUGUUGCAGACUUGAUCAGUUUGCAGAAUUUAACCCAUCCUGAAGGAUUUUAUACAGACAGCAUUCUCCACACUUUUGUCAUGUGCUGUUAAGGCUUCGCUGCACAUUCUGAAGGAAACUCAGUACUGAUGUGACCUUCCAAACACAAUGUUACCAGCCGUGAAUGUGCGGCUGACAAGGAGUCCUCAUUCAGAUACUUCAUGCUCUCAGCCCUAUAACACUUUGUCAGAAAGCAUCUUUUCUUGUAAAAGGGAAAGAAAGCCUAGGAUAACUUCUGGUAAACCAGGGUUGUUGGUUUUGCCCACUACAUCACAUCUCACCCUGAAACACUUCCUGAAACUCCAUAGCAAAUCUGAACAGCUUCUUUCUUUCGCUGUGGUGUUAUCUGCUGAGAGCUGCUGUAGUGUUUUCAUGUGCCGCACUUGUGAAGAUAUUUAUGUUCUAUUUUUGUUUGGUUCUCUCGAAACAUUGAUGCACUUUUGAGGUUUUAAAUUUGGUUUUAUUGAAUGUGCGUGGUAGGAGAGCAAAUCAGCUCUUCUAGUCUUGUUUUCAGUCCUCAGUAUCUAACUGCUUUGAGACGUUUGUGUAAAGGAAAGAUUUCAAUGCAAUUUCAAAUAAAGGUAUUUUUGUAUAGCUA